AUGAAAUUGAGCGAUAUUCAAGCUUGUGGAAAUGGAAACCCGAGGGUUUCUGCUUUAGUAUGUGCAGCAGUUCCCAAAUGCUUUCAGGAUAAUCUACUUCAGGCUCCCUUAUGGUCUAGGUCAAGUAGUACAGAAUCUUCUUCGGCAACGGAUAAUUCAACUGCCGAUGUGAAACCCAACCAAGGGUUCAAGGGCCAUGAUAUGCUUGCCCCUUUCACAGCUGGAUGGCAGGCUACUGAUUUGAAUCCUUUGGUUAUUGAAAAAUCUGAGGGAUGCUAUGUGUAUGACAUUAAUGGGAAAAAAUAUCUUGACGCACUUGCUAGUCUAUGGUGCACUGCUUUAGGGGGAAGCGAGAAACGCCUUGUUGAUGCUGCCACUGCACAAUUAAACAAAUUGCCAUUUUACCAUUCCUUCUGGAAUCGAACCACAAAACCUUCACUGGAUCUAGCCAAGGAACUCCUAGAAUUUUUUACAGCCAGGAAAAUGGGUAAAGCUUUUUUUGUUAAUAGUGGAUCAGAAGCCAAUGACACUCAGGUUAAAAUUGUAUGGUAUUAUUACAAUGCACUUGGAAGACCAAAUAAGAAAAAAUUCAUAGCUCGAACUAAAGCGUAUCAUGGUUCAACAUUAAUAGCAGCCAGUCUUUCUGGUCUUCCAGCUAUGCAUAACAAUUUUGAUCUGCCAGCUCCUUUUGUCUUGCAUACUGAUUGUCCACACUACUGGCGUCAUCAUCUUCCAGGUGAGACUGAGGAAGAGUUUUCAACCAGAUUGGCCAACAAUUUGGAGGAGCUAAUUUUGAAAGAGGGACCGGAGACAAUUGCUGCAUUUAUUGCAGAGCCAGUGAUGGGUGCUGGAGGUGUAAUACUUCCACCAGCAACUUAUUUUGAUAAGGUCCAAGCUGUUGUCAAGAAGUAUGAUAUCCUUUUUAUUGCAGAUGAGGUGAUAUGUGCCUUUGGGAGGCUCGGGUCAAUGUUUGGAUGCGACAAAUAUAGCAUUAAGCCAGACCUUGUCUCCUUGGCAAAGGCACUUUCUUCGGCAUAUAUGCCAAUUGGAGCAGUCUUGGUGAGCCCAGAAAUCACCGAGGUUCUACAUUCUCAGAGCAACAAACUUGGAUCAUUUUCUCACGGGUUCACUUAUUCUGGAUCGCCCGUACCUUGUGUUGUCGCACAUGAAGCACUCAAGAUCUACAAGGAAAGAAAUAUUGUUGACAUAGUGAACAAGAUAUCUCCAAAGUUUCAGGAUGGCCUAAAAGCUUUUUCUGAUAGCCCCAUCAUUGGAGAAAUACGGGGAACUGGCUUGAUCCUGGGGACUGAGUUCACAGACAACAAAUCACCUAAUGAUCUAUUUCCUCCUGAAUGGGGAAUAGGUGCCUAUUUCGGAGCACAAUGUGAGAAACAUGGCAUGUUAGUUCGUGUAGCUGGAGAUACUAUCAUGAUAUGUCCACCGCUUAUCAUCUCUCCUGAAGAAGUUGAUGAGUUGAUCAGCAUUUAUGGGAAAGCUUUACGAGAUACUGAAAAGAGAGUACAGGAGCUUAAGUCUCAACGCAAGUAG